UUUAUGAAUUGCCUUUCUUUCCCUCCGAUUUGAUAGAGCUUUCCUUUUUCUAUUUGCGUUUGGCUUGUUCAGCUUUGUUUCUGUGUUCUUGUUAUGAAUGUUGGUGAUACCCUUUUUUUUGAUGUUGGAUUUUGUUUUCUUGGUUUUAGUCUGUUCCUGUUGCUGUUGUUGUUUCGGAUGCGGCCUUUCACGUGUUCUGCUUCGAAAUUGCUGCUUAAGAGAGAAGACAGGUUUAAAUCUGGAUAUCUGGUAUCUGUGAUGUGGCUGGGACGUCGUGGGUGCAGGUGGGGAAUUGCGUUGUCUAGACUACUUCAUGCUUUUUACCUUACCUUCUAGAAAGAAGAGGGGAGAUUAAGACGAGAGAAGAGAAAUUUAGAUAGAGCAUCAUCUUUAGCUUUGGCAGAAGAUCCUUGCUUAUGCAAGAGAAAAUAUGCUAAUUAACCAUGAGAAA